AUGUCAUCGUCGGCCAUCUUCAUUCUUGAUCUCAAGGGAAAGACCAUUAUAUCCCGUAAUUAUCGUGGUGAUGUCGAUAUGAAUGUUAUUGAUCGCUUUCUUCCGUUGCUCAUGGAUCGCGAAGAGGAAGGGUUAGCUUCUCCUGUGAUUUCGAAUCAAGAUGCGACCUUCGUUUACAUCAAACACAACAAUAUCUAUCUUGUCUCAACAUGUCGUACAAAUGUGAACGUUGCAUUGGUUCUUUCAUUCCUUUUCAAAUGCGUUGAGGUUUUCACUGAAUACUUCAAAGAUGUUGAAGAGGAGUCAGUCCGUGAUAAUUUCGUUGUGAUUUACGAACUGCUUGACGAAAUGAUGGAUUUCGGAUUCCCGCAAACGACUGAGAGCCGCAUCUUGCAAGAGUUCAUAACACAAGAAGGCCAUAAACUCGAGGCUGCACCACGGCCUCCAAUGGCCGUUACAAAUGCUGUUUCGUGGAGAUCGGAAGGCAUCAAAUACAGAAAAAAUGAAGUGUUUUUGGAUGUGAUCGAAAGCGUCAAUAUGCUGGCGAACGCUAAUGGCACAGUCUUGCAAAGUGAGAUUGUUGGUUGUGUCAAAAUGCGGGUGUAUUUGACGGGUAUGCCAGAACUGCGCCUUGGUCUCAAUGACAAGGUGCUGUUCGAGGGAAGUGGACGCGGCAAAAGCAAGUCGGUCGAAUUGGAAGACGUCAAAUUUCAUCAAUGUGUUCGACUUUCACGAUUUGACAAUGAUAGAACAAUCUCGUUCAUUCCACCCGAUGGAGCUUUUGAGCUUAUGAGCUACCGACUCACAACGGUUGUCAAACCACUCAUUUGGAUCGAAACCAACAUUGAAAGGCACUCACAUUCGCGUGUUGAGUUCAUGAUUAAGGCUAAAUCGCAGUUCAAGCGUCGUUCUACUGCAAACAAUGUGGAGAUCAUCAUUCCUGUACCAUCAGAUGCCGAUUCACCAAAAUUCAAGACUAGUAUUGGAGCAGUGCGCUAUGCACCAGAGCAAAGUGCAUUUGUUUGGACAAUAAAGAGUUUUCCAGGUGGCAAAGAGUAUUUGUUGAGUGCUCAUUUCUCAUUGCCUUCGGUAGUGGGCGAAGAAGUAGAAGGGAAACCUCCAAUUAAAGUGAAAUUCGAAAUUCCAUAUUUUACUACAUCAGGAAUUCAGGUUCGCUACUUGAAAAUUAUAGAGAAGAGUGGGUAUCAAGCUUUACCAUGGGUUCGAUACAUAACACAAAAUGGCGAGUAUCAAAUGCGGAUGAAGUAA